AUGCUCGUCUUCCACAUUCCGCGGCGGCGUUCGAGCAACCCUACUGCUACAGGAAAGCCGCCCCUGAAGGCAGUGAAAGCGCAGACGAAAUUCCGUUUCAUCAGCGACGUGGAGGUCGGGGAGGAUGCGCCGUCUUUGACAUCGGAAGAAGUGCACACCUUCGAGGGCACCUCUGGGUGGGGGAACGGAGAUUUCAUAAAAAGGCAAGAAUUUGAGACAUCCAAGCAUCUCAGGAAUGAUUCUUUCACGGUGCGGUGCGACAUCGUCGUCAUCAAUGAGUUUCGCACUGAGGGGACAGCUGAUGCUGCUGCCACCCCGCCCUUUGUUACUGUGCCCUCGUCCAACCUGCACCAGCAUCUUGGUGAUCUCCUCCUGACCGAGAAGGGCGCUGACGUGGUGUUCGAUGUCGGAGGUGCGACGUUCGCAGCGCACCGGUGCGUGCUUGCAACCCGAUCGCCGGUAUUUAGCGCAGAGCUCUUUGGCACAAUGAAGGAGAGUGACACCGCGGGUGUUGUCCGCGUAGAUGAAAUGGAGGCUUGUGUGUUUAGGGCUUUGCUCUAUUUUGUGUACACCGACUUGUUUCCGGAGCCGAGGAAAGGAGAGGAAGAGGAAGAUGUCAUGUGCCAGCAUCUGCUUGUUGCAGCGGACAGGUACGACUUGGAGAGGCUGAAGCUGAUGUGUGAAGACAGGCUAUGCAAGUACAUUGAUGUGGGCACGGUGGCAACCAUACUGACACUAGCCGGGCAGCACCACUGCCCUGGGCUGAAGAAGGCGUGCUUUGAUUUUCUUAGCUCUGGUGCAAAUCUGAGGGCAGUUGCAGCAGGUGAAGGCUUCAAGCAUCUAAGCAGAAGCUGCCCAUCUAUUAUGGAGGAGUUGGUUGUCAUGCUUGGCAAGUGAUGCUUAGUAUUUUAGCAAUGGAUGUUGAUUUUGUCAUAUUCUUCAGCAGUUCUCUAGCAAUGGAAGUUCCUGUUUUAAUACUUAAGCAGUCAGGUAGACUACAGUAUCCUAAUCCCUAUGAAGAUGCUACAGUAGUCCCAUUUGUCUUUGUUUUUGUUAGUCUUAGUCCACUGCAUCUGUACGACCCUAGAUUAAUUGGAAGUUUUUUUAUCAGUAAGCUUGACUAAUUGAAAGUUCACUGAAAGUCUGAAACGGUCAAUUUCCUAGUUGGUGUCUUUCUUGUAAAUAAUUCUUAUGGUGCUAUGGAUCAGCUCUCUUCAUUGCUGGCCUACCUGUUAAUCCAGGCAUACUUUGCUAUCAGAUUGUUUGAUGUCAGUUGGCCUAUGUGUAAAUCCAUAGCAUGCUCUGUUAUCAGAUCUCACACAGAGAGCUUUGGAGUUAGGCAAAUGGUUCUGAGAAGUGAGAAGUAGUAGUAAGGCAGUAGAAGUGUUGUCUGGUUGUGAAUUUAGUUGUUGUCUUGUUGCGGUUC